AAAUCCGAGAAAUUCGAAAAAUCCUCCGAAUCCUCUUGAAUAUCCUUAGUGGAGGAUUCGCGAUCACCGGUUGUUAGGAGAUACCUGUUCAUUCGUCGGUUGUGACAAACUAUGUACCCCGGGGACGGUGGAUUUUGUGAUUUUCUCCAGGAUUUGUUCUAAACCGGUGCCUACGUGUUUCGUCAGACGACUCGCUGAGGCUUGAAAUGGCGUGGCUGAAGCUGAACGACAGCCUAAAUAAGGUGAAAGGAUCAAUCACUUCCUUCACGCAAGAAGUGUUUGCUGAAGGAAUCGUAGACGAAGAUGGAUCCGACCAAAACCUCGCUCGGGAGCUCAACUUUGCUCGAGGCAAAAUAGAUGAACUGACGAACCUUUGCGUCACGCAGGAUCAAGAGAUUGCGACACUCCGCAAACAGGUCGCGGAACAUCAGCAACAACCCCACCAGCAGCACCACCACCAGCAUCCUCAGCCAUCAUCUUCGCUGCAGCUUGGAACAACAAGCCAACCAUCAACGUCCAAAUCCUCGACGGAAACGCUUCCCCCCGCAACGAUCCCGAAGCUCGGGGCGUCGGUUGAGCAGACUGCCACAGUCACAACGACACUGGAGGAUAGCUGGUUCUGGGAUCCGGAAAACAAUGUUUCGUCGACUUCCUCAUCCUCGAAAAAGGAUGACAAUGAGUCGCCCUCAUCGGGAACCGAGCUGACAACGAUACCACUCGAGGCACCGGCCUCCGAGAGUGAAAUCAUUGAGCGGUUGCGUCGUCAGCUGAACGAAACGGUUCAACAGCUGAAGAAACAGCAGCUGGAAAAUGCCCUUCUGAACGAGCAGCUCGGCCAGGUGAGCAGCGAAAAUCGUGAGCUGAAUGAAAACAUCGAAGAACUCGAUCGGCAGCAUGAGGUCGUGCUGGAAAAUCUGGUCAUUGGAAAGCGCGAACUGCAGGAAAAAUGUGCCGCGCUUGAGGCGCAGGCAAAACAGCGGGCCGACGAGUUGGAAGCGCAACUGGCCGAGAUGAAAGGCCGCUUCGAACGGUUAGAACAAAGCUACACGCAGUCGUGCCAGGAGAAUGUUAAACUUCAAACGGAAACGGAAAAACUAACUACGGAGCUGGAAAGGAUUGUGUGCGAGAAUGUCGAAGCGGUUGCUGCACUGGACGGUCAGCUUAGCACGAUGCGCCGCGAGCAAACAGAAUUGAAUGAAUCGUACAGUACACUGCUGAAGGAAAAUGAAGAACUGCGCCUCAAGGUUGUCGAGGAACCAUUUGAAACAGUGGCGAAGGUAGCCGAGGAUGAGGAAGUCAUUUUGCUCCGUGCGACAAUAGACGACUUAACGCAACGGCUGGAGGACGCGUCUAAUGAGCGUGAUAAUUUGCAAAAACUCACCGCGGAAUUGGACCGUUCGGACCAUAUAGGCCGGCUCGAGCGAGAGAUCGGUGAGCUGCAGAACGAGUUGCGCAGUGUUAUUAUCGAUAAUUCUGUUCAACUAGAGGCCAAGGAGAAAGAGUACGAUGAGAAAGUUGCCGUUAUGCGACAGGAAAAUCAAACUCUUCGUGAGUCGAUCAUCACCAUCGAGAAUCGAGAGGCAGGUGAUGAGCGCGAUCCCAGGUUAGACGAACUGGUGCGCAAGCUAUUUGAUCUGGAGCUGACGCAAGUCGAUGAACUCGAGGAACGGUUGCAAACACUGAAAGACGCCGACACCAAGCGGCUCGCACUGGAGAAGAAGUUGAUCGAUUCAAGCAAGGAAAUCAAUUUUCUGAAAGCGGAAAACUCACGCAUUCAACACGACAAGGACACGCUACAUGCGGACCUGAUGCAGUACGAAAAAGAGUGUUCCAGCUUGAUGAAGAACAACGAUCAUCUAAUAGCGGAAAUUGAAAAUCUGAAGUGCAAUAAGCUGGAAACUAUUAACGAGAACGCCGAGGAUAGUAUCGUCGUGUUAGAGAAGCAGCUGGAAGAUUCACAUAAAAUCAAUCGCAGUCUGGAGGAAGAGUAUCGUGAGAUCAAUUGUAAGCUGGAGGAAGCGCUGGAAGAGAAGGAAGAGCUCCUAACGAAGGUUGCGUUGUUAGAAAGUAAACAGAAUGAGCAGAAAUUACAUUCCCGCGAACUGGAACAGGCACUUUCCGUUGCACGAGCUGAAAAGGAUUCCUUUGAGAGGCAACUAGAAAAUGCUCGGCUAUCCGAAAGUCACCGUACGGAGGAACUAAAUGCCGAGCUGGAAAGUGUGCGAGCACAGUUAACAACCAUCAAUGAAGACCACGCUGCCCUGGUACAUAAACUGCAACAGUUACAGCAAAGCUCAACUGAUAACUUGCACACCUGGGAAAGCAGGUUGGAGGCGAUGCAAGGCGAAUUAAAGGCGAAAGAAAUCGAACUGGAACAAGCACGCGUAUCCACAGUAUUCUCACAACAUUCAGAUACGGAGCUAGAGGAAGUGCGUAGCCGCCUUCAAUCCGAGUUGACUACCGCCCAAGAACAGUAUCAAAUGGAGCUCGAGAAGCAGAAGCAAACGAUAGACAGUCUUGCCCAGCAGAAGGCGGACCUUGUGCAGCUUGUCACGACCAAGCAUAACGAAAGCGUACAGUACCAUGCAGAAAUCCAGCGGUUGAAUCAGCUGCUCAACGAGCACAACGAACAAGCUUCACGGCCUUGCAGUGAGUGUGUGUCUUUGCGCGAGAAGGUGCAGGACUACGAGCGACUGUCGGAUCAAAUACAGUUCUUACGCGAAAAGUCCGACAUACUGACCACCAAUCUAAUGACGGAGCAGACCAACCAGCGCGUGGCACUUCAGGAAAAGCAAGAGCUACUAGAGCAAAAGAAUAACUUGCAGCGUGAUCUAGACCGUUUACGGCAGCAUCUGAUGGAAAUUGAAGAUGCUCACACUCAGGAAACGGUGGAACUGCAGCAACGCUAUGACGAAACCCGUUGCAAGCUGGCCUCACUCGAGGAGGAGGUGAAAAAGUCUACUAAUGCUCUCACGUCUGCAAGCAUCCGGGCGAAUCAACAGGCAGAAACACUGCAAACCCAGUACCAACUGCUGCUGCAGCAGCGUGAUGAACUGAACGCCAAGCUAAGUAGCGCAGACGAUCGUGAUCAGAAGAACCAGGCCUCAUUGACAAAUCUGCAGUGUGCUUUGGAACAGUUCCAGAUGAAUAGAGAACGUGACAUCGAGCUGGCAACGGUGAACAUUCGCAAGGAUCUCGAGCGGGCUCGUUCUCGGGAGGAACAACUGAGGGGAGAUGUGAAACUUCUACAGCAGCAGCUAAACGACGCCAAAAACGGUCUCCUAGCGGCUGCUCGCAUAUCGGAUCAGCUGGAAAUAUCACAAGUGACAGUGGCUUCACUAAAAACUGAACUGGCCAAGCGUGACGAAAAGUAUGCUGCGCUCGAGCAUCGGCUACAGGAAACGGAAGCCAGUCAAGCCGAUAAAGUGGAGAAGAUGUUAGUGAAAAAUCUGGUCAUCGGUUACGUCGUUGCACCGAAUGCGUCCGACAAGCAACAAAUCAUGAAACUCAUCUCAACUGUUCUGACGAUGGAUCAAGGGGAAUGCAUCAAGGUUGGUCUUAACCGGAAUCAGGGCGGUGGCAGCGGAUGGCUUAACAGCAUUCUUGGACAUAGCAGCGGUCCCGACGGAAGUAGUGGGAGUUACAACAAGGAAUCGCUUACCGAAGCAUUCGUAAAGUUCCUUGAAAAGGAAUCAGCGCCACGUGCCACAGACAGCUCGAGCCUUUUAAAUAUCGUUGCUCCAGUUGGAAGCCAACACGUGGCGCAAGCGACACCACUACCGACGACCACCAGUGCACCGGCGAAUAGUGCUGGAAAUAUAGCCACGGAGAUAAAACCUAUACUGGUCUCCGAAGCGAUGCUGCAGCAAACCAGCUUUCAACCAGCGCGAAGUUCCAGCUCCAUUCUGAAAGAUAUACUAAGCGACUCUUGAUACAACGAUUCGCCGUUCUUCCAGAACAACUAUUAACAACAAGUGUACAUGUUCUUGUAACCAUAAUCGGCGUUAAACAGCAUAGUGCAAUCGAUAUGCUUGGUUAAACUGUCGCAUGCAGUCAUAUUUUUUAAUCUUUGCAGUUGACUACUGAAUAUAAUGGAAAAAUAAAUUUAAUACCCAACAUCUGGUUCACCGUAA